AUGGCUUGGAAGGAAGUGAGCAAGAUAUUUGACACCAUUUGGAACUUUCCUCAUUGUGUUGGUGCCCUCGAUGGCAAGCAUGUUGUCCUGCAAGCGCCAGUAAAUUCUGGCAGCGAUUUUUUUAAUUAUAAAUCACACUUCAGCAUUGUUUUGCUAGCAGUAGUAGAUGGGAAUUAUAAUUUCAUGUUUGCGGAUGUAGGGUGCCAAGGCAGAAUUUCAGAUGGUGGAGUUUUUAAGAACAGUAAGUUGUAUAAAAUGAUAAACGAGAACUCCUUGGGACUACCGUUACCAGAAGAACUUCGGGGUCGUGAAAUGAAAGUUCCCUACUAUUUUAUAGGUGAUAGUGCGUUUGCUCUCUGUGAAAAUCUGAUGAAGCCAUACCCGGGAGAUCAUGCCCCUGGAAGUUGUAAGAGAAUUUUCAACUAUCGUUUAAGUAGAGCUCGGCGCGUAGUUGAAAAUGCCUUUGGUAUAUCAAGUUCAGUAUUUCGAGUUCUAAGAAAACCAAUGCUUUUGGAGCCCGCUAAAGCCGAAAUUGUUGUUAUGUCUGUAAUCGUUUUACACAAUUACCUGAGGACUCAUUCGCGUAACUUGUACACGCCACCAGGUUCACUGGACCACGAAGUAAAUGGAGUAAUUAUUGAAGGAACAUGGAGAAAUGAUGAAGGAAUGACUUCCAUGAGACAUCUACGAAAUGCUCCUAAAAGGUCUUCAUCUUACGUAAAUGAAAUUAGAAAGGAAAUCUCUGAAUAUUGCAUCAACGAAGGAGUUCUACCAUGGCAAAAUACGUACGCUUAA